AUGUCUUAAUAAAAAUAAACAGUUUUUAAUUAUAAUAAUGAAGAAAUGUAACACAUUAGUUAAUAUAUUUAGUGGUGGAUGUUUAAUGUUGAUGUAUGAUUCAGAUGAUGAAGUUGAUAAAUUUAAUUAAAGUCUUCAGGAAAGCUAAAUCCAAUUAUAAAAAACAGCUACUAAAAUGCAGCAAAUUUAACUAUAGAAUAAUCACAAUAUUAAAAAAUGA